AUGUCUGCAAAGAACUGCCUAAAAUCUAUGGUAAAAAGAUGGAAGAAGAAAGCUUUAGCUACUAAAUGUGGUUUGAAUGAUGAUGAACAGUUAGUUUUUAAAGCAAUUUCUGAAGGAAAAUUUAGACUUGCCAGAAUUCUUAUUGAAAGAAACGUUAAUGUUAACUGUACAGAUAAUGAUGAUAGAACUCCGUUGAUUACUGUAUGUAGACUUAAAAAUAUCCAAAUAAAAGAAAAAGACAGAUUACGAUUUGUAAAAUUCCUACUUAAUCAAGAAGGAACAGUGCUGAAUUCUACUGAUGUGUUUGGAAAACAAGCUUUAGAUUAUGCCAGUGAAAAUAAAUUACAACCUGUUGUGACAGUUAUUGCUGAUACUAUAGAAAACAUUUUUGAUAAUGUGCUGUUCGGAUUUUGA